AAAAUCCUGCCGAAGAGUUUAUCGGCCGCGACCCUAAGUCCCCUCCCUGUCUACAGCCUCUCCCCCGAGUCAUGGGCUAAAGCUCUGCGGAUCCCCUCCUAAGCAAGAGUGCUCGGGGUCUCUUCACGCCUUCGCUCGGAGUCGCUAGCCCCGCCCCCAAAACCUACCAGAGGCAAUGAAGAACUCUCUAGCUUUUGUCAAAUGGUUGCUCCUCCCUCUCAUCAUCCUCAGCGCAACCCACCUCUCCACUGCCAAAAGGACCCAAGCCAUGUCACAAGCCCAUGGCCUAGACCACCUUCUCACCCAACUAUCUCACUGGAGGAAGCAUCAACCAAUAAUAGAGUACAAUACAGUUUUAGCAUGGAUCCUCUGUUUCAUAGCUGCCUCAGUUUCAAGUGCAGGAGGGAUUGGUGGUGGAUCCCUCUACCUCCCCAUCCUGAACCUUGUGGCUGGCCUAGACCUCAAGUCAGCCACCAGUUACACAGCCUUGAUGGUCACAACAGGGUCAUUUUCAAAUGUGUUAUAUAACAUCCUCUUCGCAAGCGCAGGUCCUCGAGGAAAUUCUUUGAUCAACUAUGAUAUUUGCCUGCUCUUAGAGCCAUGCAUGCUCUUGGGGGUGAGCAUCGGGGUUCUGUGCAACCUCAUGUUUCCAGAUUGGCUAAUAACUGUCCUUUUCGCUGCCUUCCUCGCAUGCUCCACCUACAAGACCUGCACUAGUGGGUUCAAGCGCUGGAAGUUGGAGACGGAGGAGGUGAGGAGAGGAGAGGCUUCUAGGCUUGAGGGUGCUGGGGGUGAAGAAGAUGAGAAGGGGAUGGAAGAACCUCUCUUGGGACGUGGGGCAGAAGACGGUGUGCUGAGAAUUCCAUGGAAGGAUGUGGCGGUCUUGAUCUUGAUUUGGCUCUCUUUCUGCGUGCUUCAUGUCCUGUUAGGAUAUGACAAUGGGAAGGGUGUGAUAAACGUAAGACCAUGUGGAGUUGCAUACUGGCUCAUCACAUUAUCCCAAAUUCCUUUAGCGAUUGCUUUUACAACGUAUAUUCUGCAUGAUAUGAAAAAGAAGAAAUCACAAUAUCAAAGUCGCCAACAAAUAAAUGGCAAGGGCGCCGUAGCGGAUGCGGGGAUUGAAGCCUUACCCAUAGUUGUUUUUCCACCCGCCGCACUCUUAACAGGGGUUUUCAGUGGCAUCUUUGGCAUUGGAGGAGGAUUGGUCAUAAACCCUAUGCUUCUUCAGAUUGGAUUACCUCCGCAGAAUACGGCAGCAACAACUAUUUUCAUGGUACUAUUCUCAGCAUCAAUGUCCACCGUUCAGUAUGUAAUCCUCGGGAUGAAAGGGAUAUAUCAAGCUACAAUUUAUGCUAUGGUUUGUUUUGUGGCUUCAGCUAUUGGAUUGGCCAUCUUAGAAAGAGCUGUAGAAAAGUCAGGCAGGGUUUCUCUCAUUGUGUUUAUGGUUAGCAUGGUAAUGGCCUUAAGCUUGGUUUCAAUUACUUUCUUUGGAGGAAUAGAUGCUUGGAAGCAAUACACUAGUGGAAGCUUUAUGGGCUUCAAACCACUUUGUUAAGCUCUCUGUAUGCCUUUGCAUGUUGUAAGUAGUGUUAAGUUUGUUACGUAGAGAGUUGUGAAAAUUGAAAGUGCAUUUUUCACUGAUGUAUAAAAGACUAAUCUAUGGCCUGAUCAUAGUCCUCUACAUUGGAUCUA